AUGAGUUGGAUAGCCGGCACGAAGACCGUGAAUUUUCAUCCACCGCCGUCAAACAGCAUUGCAAAAUCAGAAUGCUCCAGUUGCAACAAUGACGAUGAACUCGGCGUCACGCGGUGGACAAUGCCGUUGCUGAAGACUGGCGAAAAGCGGUACUACUUAGGAAUAUUCUUUAAGGCAAACUGGUUCAAAGCACAGCAGUACUGUCGAUUCCAUGGCAUGCACCUCGCCUCCAUUUCGUCACAAGAAGAGAAUGACAAGCUUGAGAAGUAUGUGAAGGAUUCGGGUUAUGGUCGAGAACACUUCUGGACUUCAGGCACUGACUUGGCCGAAGAGGGAAGCUUCUUCUGGAUGGCCAACGGAAGACCGCUCACCUUCGUCAACUGGAACGCGGGCGAGCCGAACAAUUUCCGGUAUGAAAACGGUGAAGAAGAGAACUGCUUAGAACUUUGGAACAGAGACGACAAAGGUCUUAAGUGGAACGACUCACCUUGUUCUUUCGAGACGUACUUCAUUUGCGAAGUGCGGACAGAUUGA